GUCGGGCCCGGCGGCGGCCGGCCGCGCGCACCAUGCCCUCCUUCGACGAGGCGCUGCAGAGGGCCGGCGAGUUCGGGCGCUUCCAGCGGCGCGUGUUCCUGCUGCUGUGCCUGACGGGCGUCACCUUCGCCUUCCUCUUCGUCGGCGUGGUCUUCCUGGGCAGCCAGCCCGAGCGCUUCUGGUGCCGCGGGCCGAGCGCCGCCGCGCUGGCCGAGCGCUGCGGCUGGAGCCCCGAGGAGGAGUGGAACCGCACGGCGCCCCCCGAGCCCCCCGAGCCCCGCGGCGCCCGCAGCUGCCGGCGCUACCUCCUGGAGGCGGCCAACGCCAGCGCCGCGGCGGGCGCGCUCAGCUGCGCGGACCCGCUCGCCGCCUUCCCCAACCGCUCGGCGCCGCUCGUGCCGUGCCGGGGCGGCUGGCGCUACGCCCAGGCCCGCUCCACCAUCGUCAGCGAGUUUGACCUUGUGUGCAUCAAUGCUUGGAUGCUGGACCUCACGCAAGCCGUCCUAAAUCUGGGCUUCUUGGCUGGAGCCUUCACCUUGGGCUAUGCAGCAGACAGGUACGGCCGACUAGUCAUUUACCUAAUAUCCUGUUUCGGUGUUGGUGUCACCGGUGUUGUGGUGGCAUUUGCACCAAAUUUCCCUGUGUUUGUGGUCUUCCGCUUCCUACAAGGUGUGUUUGGAAAGGGGACAUGGAUGACCUGUUACGUGAUUGUAACAGAAAUAGUAGGUUCAAAGCAAAGGAGAAUUGUGGGAAUAGUGGUCCAAAUGUUCUUCACUCUUGGAAUCAUCAUUCUCCCUGGAAUUGCCUACUUUAUCCCAAAUUGGCAAGGGAUUCAGCUAGCCAUAACGCUGCCCAGCUUUCUCUUCCUCCUUUAUUACUGGGUGGUUCCUGAGUCUCCCCGCUGGCUGAUUACUCGGAAGAAAGGGGAUAAAGCCUUAAAAAUUCUGAGGAGCAUUGCCAAAUGCAAUGGGAAAUAUCUGUCACCAAAUUACUCGGAGAUCACUGUUACAGAUGAGGAAGUUAGUAAUCCAUCCUUUUUAGAUCUGGUGAGGACUCCCCAAAUGAGGAAAUGCACACUUAUUCUUAUGUUUGCUUGGUUCACAAGUGCGGUGGUUUAUCAGGGCCUCGUCAUGCGCCUGGGAAUUAUCGGAGGCAACCUCUAUAUCGACUUUUUCAUCUCGGGAGUUGUGGAGCUGCCCGCUGCCCUCUUGAUCUUACUGACCAUUGAGCGUUUUGGACGGCGCCUUCCGUUUGCGGGAAGCAACGUAGUGGCAGGAGUGGCCUGUCUUGUCACUGCGUUCUUACCCGAAGGAAUACCCUGGUUGAGAACCACGGUUGCUACCCUGGGAAGACUAGGGAUAACCAUGGCCUUUGAAAUUGUGUAUUUGGUAAAUUCAGAAUUGUACCCAACAACAUUACGAAACUUUGGAGUUUCUCUCUGCUCAGGUUUAUGUGAUUUUGGGGGAAUCAUAGCUCCGUUUCUUCUCUUCCGGCUAGCAGCCAUUUGGCUAGAACUACCUCUUAUCAUCUUUGGUAUCCUGGCAUCUGUCUGCGGUGGGCUCGUGAUGCUUUUGCCUGAAACCAAGGGUAUUGCCUUGCCAGAAACAGUGGAUGAUGUUGAAAAACUUGGCAGUCCAUAUUCGUAUAAAUGUGGCAGGAAAAAGAAAACUCAAGUUUCCAGCUCUCACCUUUGAGACUCCCUGCCAAAGAAGAAAGGAAGGAACCGAUGUGCCUUGCAGACACGUGUGUGUGUCCAUUUCAGCUACCUUAUGCUGUGUGCCUCCACGUGUGUGUCGUACUGUACAAAGACAUUCAGACUAUCCAGAGUAUUUUUCUAUAAUGUGGGCUGAGUUAGGAUUUAUAAUGCUAUUGAAGUUUCUGGGAACAUAUAGUAUGUGGCUGGUUUAGCAAAGGAUCUGUUGUGCGGAUAGCUCCCCCGAGUGAUUUCCUGAAGUUGGAGCAGUGUCUCUGACCCUUUGGGUUACUGAAGGACGAGAGAAGCCCUCCGCAGAGUCCCAUGACCGCUCACUCCAUCACAGAUGCAGGAUGUGCCACCUGGGGGUCUGGGAACAGGGUAUAGAAAGUCCUUCAUCAAACCUGAUCAAGGAACUCAAGCUCUGACCUGAGUGCUCCGAAGCUCCCAGGGAAGAUCAGGAUCUGGAGACAGUGAACCUAAGGACCUUGGGCCACGUGGUACUGAGCCUUCCCUUUCUCUCCUUGCUCUGACUCUGUAAGCGCUGUAGCAUCUGGGCUUGUUGGCACAUUCAGGCCUCAUUCCAUGAUUCAGAACAAAUCCACUGUCCAAUCUGAGGAUUUGGCUCUGUUAUUUCAUCAGUCAGUUUGGGCCUGAGAUGAUUUGGAAUAGCUUGGUCCCGCCUUAGUGGACAUCUAGAGCCACACACUCAGUUCCUAAUUGAACAAAACCCAUGGAAUAUGAUGUCAUAGGUCUUCAUUUUCAUCGUAAAGGGAUAUUUAUCUUACACCUGGGAGUUCAGUUCUGUGAUGCUGCCUGUGGUCAAGAGUGAAAAACACGGAUUGGUCUUGUUCAAUCUUGACACUUUUGUCUUGGGAGGAAGCUUACAUUUUAAUUUAAAAGAAAGGUCAGUUAUAUCCAUGCUUAAAAGAAUUAGCAAAAGCUUUAUAACUGAUGUCAUUAGACACUAAUAAGGAAUUUGGUCCCUUUUUUGUUACGGAGACUUUUGAAAUGUGGAGCUUACAUGCAAACAUGUUAUCUUUCUCUGUUGUUUUGCUUUAUGUGUUGUAUUUGUUGUAUUUUCAGAUUCAGAGUAAAUCUGAUGUAGACUUUUUUUUUUAAUGAAUUAUUUUGUGUGGACAGACAAAAUGGGCACCAAGGGAAAUCUUGCCAAUGAAGAAGAAAAUUCUAUGUGAGCACGUGACAAUAUGUACAGCGUGUGUGUAAACAAGCUUUUUAAUCCUUAAAGCACAACAGAGUUGAAUAUGAGUGUUUUCUUUUUCAACGAGGCAAACACUGCUCUUUGAGGACUUAAAGCUGCAGUCACCCAUUCACGCACACUUGGGUUUUUGCUCUCUCUGCAUUUCUCAUUGCUGUAAGAUGACUGUUCCUCCUUGAAACUCUCACCUUGCAAUUGUAUUUUGAGUUGACAUUUUGGUUCUGAUAACAAUAAAAAAUUUUCCGUUGUCAAGUAAAA